CCCGAAAAAGAUCCCUGUCUCAUCUAGUCUCGAUCUGAAUUGAUAUUCAGAAAAAAAGUGACGAUAAAGCUUCGUCUCACAACACGAGACAGCACCAAUUGUCACAGUUAAGAUGAUUAUAAGAGACUUUGGUGCUCGCCAUGCCCGAAAGGCAUUGGCAACAACACCCCUCCGACAAACCUGUCUUCGCACCCUCUCAACACAACCACCCUCAACCUCAACCUCAGCACCAACUGCCGUAGCAGACCUAACCGCGCCAACCCUCCAAACCCCGAACUCGCAACCUCAACCGCCGUCCAUCUUCACAACGAAUGCGCGCGCCCCAGUCCGCCGGAAGAAACCCGUAACCCCAGACACAACAGUCGAAGAUUUCAAACUAGCCAACAAACUCAAGCAAAAAAUCAGCCGUAUAGGUUCGCACGUGCACCGUGGCUACCGACCAGGGGACGUAUUCCGCAACCCGCCGGGGCCGGAAGAUGUAACACUCGAGUUACUUAUGGCGUCACAAGCGCAUAUGGGACAUAACGCCGCACUUUGGAACCCGGCGAACGCGCGGUAUAUCUAUGGAAUUAGGCAGGGCAUACACAUCAUCUCCCUCGAACAGACCGCAGCCCAUUUACGUCGGGCCGCGCGUGUAGUCGAAGAAAUCGCAUACCGUGGGGGCUUGAUAUUAUUUGUUGGUACUAGACCAGGUCACACGCAAAUCGUAACACAAGCAGCGCGGCUUGCGCACGCGUGUCAUUUAUUCACGAAAUGGACGCCCGGGUCUAUUACCAACAGCGACGUUAUUCUCGGUGGCUUACCCGUGCAGAUGUUAGAUGAGAACGACGAACCGGCAAUAGGCUUUGAAAAAUAUAUUACCGAACGACGGCCCCUGGUCCCGGAUUUAGUAGUUUGUUUGAAUCCGCUGGAGAAUUUUGUUUUGCUGCAUGAGUGUGCGUUGGCGAAUGUGCCGACGAUUGGCAUUAUUGAUACGGAUGUGGAACCUAGUUGGGUUACUUAUGCUAUUCCAGCGAAUGAUGAUAGUCUGCGAUGUCUAGCCGUCAUCGGCAGCGUUCUAGGUCGAGCCGGCGAGGCAGGCCAAGAAAGACGCCUCAAGGACGCCAGCAAGGGCAAAGUGAGCUGGAAGACGCCACUUGAAGUUGUUAGGUUCUUGGAGCUAGAGAAGAUUAGGAGGCGAUUGACGGAAAGAGGCGGCCCAACAGAAACUGAAGAUUUUAGUGACUCGGACAAAGGCGCUGAUGCUCACGAGGUUGGAGUUGGGAGCGGGAAGAUGAGAUCAGCUCCAGAAAUAGAUAUGGAUCAGGCUUCACAUUAGGAGUGCGUCGUCCUAUUACCUGGAAUUAUAAAAUCAAUAGAUGGUAGAUAGUUAUGGACGCCUCCGUGUAAAUUGAUGUAUCAAGUAAAUAUAUUUGUGUAUAAAUGAAG